AAAAAAAAAAAAAAAAAAAAAAAAAAGAAAGAAAGAUUGCUUAUGCCGACCAAUAUUUAGUGUGUGUUGAGGAAUAUAUCUGCUGUGUUCCUGCAACCGGAUGCGAGUGAGAGAUUGAGUUCCACUUGAAUCGGGUUAGCGUCUCCAAGGACCCGUCUUAGUCAACGUCACUGGGCAACCUCACCUCGCGCUGUGCGAUUGUCCAUCAAGCCAUCCCAUUGUCUUACUUCACCUUCAUCUGUAGAUUUCAUCUUUAUCAUAAUUGAAAUCGCCUAGUGUUCGCGACCACUUUCUACUGUCUCAACAAAUCAAUUCUCAAUUGAAACGCACGUGUCCACCUACCUUUCCAAACUCACAAUGGCUGCUGAAGGGACUGAGAUUCCAACUGUGCCUGCCGUUCAAGAGAACGCGAACGACGCAGGCGCCGACACCAAGACAGAAGUUGAAACCACGAACCAAACCAAUGGCCACAGCGACUCGACAGCAGUGGACCAGACGAAACCCGCGGAGGACUCUGAGUCUACUGAGGAAGCCAAAGCUCCAGAGUCAGCAGAGGACAAGGCAGAGGAGCCCAAGGCAGGCGACAAGCGUGAACAUGAAACAAGCACCACAAAGCCUGCUGAAACAGAGCAACUGGCCGCCGCAGAGGAAUCAAGCGAGCCGACGGCUAAGAAGCAGAAGACCGACGAGGGCGAAACUACAAAGGCCAAGAGCGGAACCGCUGCCCCUAAGGAAGAAACCAAUGGAGAGGAGAAGAAGGGCAGUCGAGGCAAGAAAGCUAAGAUCCCUGCUGCGAAGCCGGCGGUUUCCACUGACGGGCCCGGUAGCAGAACGCGCAGCCGGACCAAGGCUGCCAUCUAGAUGGCUACUGUCUGUGUAGGCUUUCUGGACGGCUUAUUCCCCUUUUUGUUUUAUCUUGGUUAUGAACGAACCCUGACGGAUGUUUUGGAAUGUUACACCAUGCGCAUGUUCAUUACUGAUGUGAAACGAUGGAACUAGCCAUGUUUUCAAUGUAAUUUAGUUCAUGCUUUGACACCAGCUGAUGCAGUACAGAAAUCAGAAUUGGAUGCCAAGAUUUUAUAAGGUGUAAUAUUCUAUUCCUCACUUAAUCUAACCAUGGAAAUCAUC